AUGGCGACAGACGGUGGCAACAUCGUCCCCCUCCUGGACGUUAUGAAAGCUUCCAUUCAUCCAGAUAUCAUCAACUUCGUUCAUGCCAAUAUCUCCAGGAACAGUCGCCAACCCUACGCAGUGAGCAAGUGUGUCGGUCAUCAGACCUCAGUCGAGGCCUGGGGUACUGGUCAUGCCGUCUCUCAUUUCCCUUGUGUCCCUGGUGGUGGUACUCACCGUGCAGGUCAGGGUGCUUUCGGUAACAUGUUUUGUGGUGGCCAAAUGUUCGCACCCACCAAGAUCUGGUGUCGCUGGCACCGCAAGAUCAACGUCAACCAGAAGCGUUAUGCAGUGGCCUCUGCCUUAGCCGCAUCUGUUGUCCCUUCAAUCCUCUUCUAG